GAGUACUCACUUGGUUUUUGAUCUCUGCUUACUUGCACAUCCAGUUUUCUCAUUCAAGUGAGCACAAGUUCCCCAUUCUAGUUAGGAUUUGGUGGGCCUUUUAUUUCCUAAUGUCUUGUUCCUAUCUUGUUAUACAUCUUGUAUUGUAUUGGAAACAUUGGUCAUUACCACUGAUGUUAUGGAUCUCCGAUGUUGUAUCCAUUAUUGUUGGUUUAUCCUUUUGUUAUGCUGGGUUGUUUGAAAAGGGUCGAGAAGAUGAAGAUUCCCAUCUUUCGGAGCCUCUUUUCAAUAACCGGAACACUAAUGACAAUGGACAAAGAUCACGUAUCGGUGUAGAGAGGCCAACUUCUUAUGAAAAUGCUAAUCUUCUUAGUAUUUUUACUUUCUCUUGGAUGGGCCCAUUGGUUUCUCUCGGAUAUAAAAAAACAUUGGACCUUGAAGAUGUUCCUGAGCUUGCCAAUUGUGAUAGUGCCAAUAUGAUUUUUGCUCAUUUUAGAAAUAAACUUGAAUCUGAUGGCAAUGGUUGUCAAGUAAGCACACUCAAGCUGGUGAAGGCAUUGAUUCUCCUAACAUGGAAAGAAAUUUUAUGGACAGCAUUAUUGUCCAUUGUAUGCAUAUUGGCUUCCUAUGUUGGACCAUAUCUUAUUGAUGCCUUUGUUCAGUAUCUCAAUAGCCCACACCAACUACAACAUAAAGGCUAUGUGCUAGUGUUUAUUUUCUUUCUUUCAAAGCUCAUAGGGUGCCUCUCGAAGAGGCACUUAUUUUUUCAAUUGAGAAAGAUGGCAAAUAGGGUUCGUUCUGCCUUGUUUGUAAUAAUCUAUAAGAAGAGUCUCAAGCUUUCAAACCGUUCAAAGCAAGGGCACACUAGUGGGGAGAAUAUUAAUUUGAUGAAUGUUGAUGUUGAGAGGACUGGCCUCUUCAGUUGGUACUUGCACGAGAUUUGGAGGGUACCUCUUCAAGUUGUUCUAGCAUUGUUGAUCUUGUACAAGAGCCUUGGGCUUGCUUCACUUGUAGCUCUUGUUGCCACGAUGAUUUUGAUGUUAGCAAAUCUUCCUCUUGGAAAACUACAAGAGAAAAUUCAGGGAAAAUUUAUGGAUUCAAAGGAUCGAAGGAUGAAGUUGACAUCUGAGGCUCUGAGGAAUAUGAGGAUUCUUAAGCUCCAGGGCUGGGAGAUGAAGUUUUUGGCCAAGAUUAUUGAUCUCAGGAACUUUGAAUCAAGAUGGUUAAAAAAGUUACUUUAUACAUCAGUUAUAACUGGCUAUGUCUACUUGUCUGCUCCCUUGUUUGUAUCCAUGAUUACUUUUGGGUUUUGUGUGCUUAUGAGAAUUCCGUUAGAGUCCGGGCAGAUUCUAUCUGCACUUGCAACAUUUGAGAUAUUACAAGAGCCCAUUUAUAAUGUCCCAGGAACAAUCUCUAUGGUAGUUCAAAUUAAAGUUUCUCUUGACAGGAUAGCCUCAUUCCUCAGCCUUGAUGAUCUUAAUACAGAUAUAGUACAAAAGCUUUUAAGAGAUACUACAGAGGUUGCAAUUGAGAUAGUCAAAGGGAAUUUCUCUUGGGACAUUCAUUCCCCUAAUCUCACAUUAAAAGAUAUUAAUUUCCGAGUGUACCAUGGUAUGAGAGUUGCUGUUUGUGGUUCUGUUGGGUCAGGCAAGUCAAGCCUACUUUCAUGCAUAUUAGGGGAAGUGCCAAAGGUAUCUGGAGCCAUUAAGUUGAAUGGAACAAUGGCUUAUGUUGCGCAAUCACCUUGGAUACAAAGUGGUAAGAUAGUAGAUAAUAUAUUGUUUGGAAAAGAGAUGGACACAGAAAGGUACGAGAUGGUCAUUGAAGCAUGUUCAUUAAAGAAAGACCUAGAAUUGUUUGCUUUUGGGGACCAGACUGUCAUAGGGGAGAGGGGGAUCAACCUGAGUGGUGGGCAGAAGCAAAGAAUCCAGAUCGCACGUGCAUUGUAUCAUGAUGCUGAUAUUUAUCUACUUGAUGAUCCUUUUAGUGCCGUAGAUGCUUACACAGGAACUCAUCUUUUCAAGGAGUGUUUGAUGGGAAUUCUGAGUUCAAAAACAGUAAUUUAUGUUACUCAUCAAGUAGAGUUUUUUCCUUCUGCUGAUCUUAUCCUGGUUAUGAGAGAUGGAAGGAUUACUCAAGCAGGAAAGUACAAAGAAAUUCUUUGUUCAGAAACUGAUUUUAUAGAGUUAGUGGGUGCACAUAAGAAAGCUUUAGAAGAAAUUCAUUCUAUCGAACAUGGGACUGCUUUGGAUAAUUUAAUCAAUGGUGAGAAAAAUGAUAAUAUGUUAUGUAGCGAGAAGUCGAUUCAAGAUGAGGAAAGGGAAUACAAAGAGCCAAAAAAGCAACUUGUACAAGAAGAAAAGAGAGAAAAGGGUGGAGUUAGUCUUUCAGUCUACUGGAAAUAUUUUACCGCUGCAUAUAAAGGGGUUUUUGUACCAUUGAUAUUGAUGGCACAAAUUCUUUUUCAGUUUCUCCUAAUACUCAGUAGUUACUGGAUGGUGUUGGCUACUCCUAUUUCAAAGGAUAUUAAACCUUAUAUUAGAGGAUCUACUCUCAUAAUUGUUUAUGUUGCUUUGACCCUUGGAAGCUCCCUUUGUGUACUUAUAAGGUCCAUAUUCAUUGUAACUAUUGGAUACAAGACAGCCACUUUGCUCUUUGUCAAAAUGCAUUUGUGCAUUUUUCGUGCUCCCCUAUCAUUUUUUGAUUCUACUCCAAGUGGAAGGAUUUUAAAUCGGGCAUCCAUAGAUCAAAGUGCAGUUGAUACUUCUAUUCCACAUAAUAUCGAAGAACUUCUUAUCUCAGUCAUAGGAUUAUUGGGAACUAUUACAGUAAUGUCACAGGUUGCAUGGCAAAUGUUAAUUGUUUUUAUUCCGACAACUAUAGCAUGCAUUUGGUACCAGCAAUAUUACAUAACUACAGCACGAGAACUAACACGACUGACUGGAGUAUGUCAAGCUCCAAUUAUACAACAUUUUGUGGAAUCUAGUUUAGGCUCAACCACAAUCAGGUGCUUUGAUCAAGAAGAGAGGUUUAUGAACACAAAUAUCAAGUUGGUGGAUAGGUAUAUCCGGCCCAAAUUUCAUUUCUCUGGCGCAUUAGAGUGGUUAUGCUUCCGCAUGGAUUUAUUGACAUCCAUCACAUAUGCCAUCUUUUUGGUUUUCUUGAUCUCAGUGUCAAAGGGAGUACUUAGUCCUGGUGUUGUGGGUUUAGCAGUCACAUAUGGGCUUGGUUUUAGUAUGUAUGGAGUCGUAUGGGAUCUUUGCGGUCUUGAGAAUAAAAUUAUAUCCGUUGAAAGAAUACUUCAGUAUGUCUACAUCCCUAGUGAACCCCCUCUGGUGGUAGAAGAAAAUAGACCAGGUUAUGAUUGGCCAUCAGAAGGAAAAGUUGAUAUUGUUGAUCUGCAGGUUCGGUAUGCCCCACAUCUUCCACUUGUCUUGCGAGGUCUCACAUGCACUUUCCCUGGAGGGAUUAAGAUUGGCAUUGUUGGGCGAACGGGAAGUGGUAAAUCAACUCUCGUACAAGCUCUCUUCCGCAUGCUUGAACCUACAGCCGGUCAGAUUUGGAUAGAUGGUAUCAAUAUUUCCAAGAUUGGCCUUCAUGAUUUGCGGUCACGAUUGAGCAUCAUCCCACAAGACCCAACAAUGUUCGAGGGGACUCUAAGGAGCAAUCUUGACCCGCUUGAAGAGUACACUGAUGAACAGAUCUGGGAGGCUUUAGAUAGAUGCCACCUAGUUGAUGAAGUUAAAAGGAAGGAAGGGAAGCUUGAUUCUGCAGUGACUGAGAAUGGAGAGAACUGGAGCAUGGGUCAAAGGCAACUAGUUUGUCUAGGACGGGUAUUACUCAAGGGAAGCAAAGUCUUAGUACUCGAUGAAGCUACUGCAUCAGUGGAUACUGCAACUGACUAUCAAAUUCAGCAAACUCUUAGACAACACUUCUCAGGGUCUACUGUCAUUACAAUCGCACAUAGGAUUACAUCAAUUCUUGAUGUUGACAUGGUCCUCCUUCUCGAUAAUGGUUAG